AUGGCUCAAGAUUCAGUGGGCCUUCCUUCUGAUUAUCAGUUUUGGAUUUGGAAGCUUUCUGUAUGGGCCCAGGCCUCCAGUUUGGAAACCCAGCAAGACAUCUGCCGUCACAUACGUCAGUUCCAGGAGUUCCUGAGGCAGAUAUAUGAAGCCUUGAAAGACAUGGAUUCAAGUACAGUCAUUGAAAGAUUCCCUACAAUUGGUCAACUGCUGGCAAAAACUUGCUGGAAUCCUUUGAUCUUAGCAUAUGAUGAAAGCCAAAAAAUUAUAAUAUGGUGCUUAUGUUGUCUGAUUAAAAAAGUACCACAGGAUUCUGGAGAAUUGAAACUUAACUCCUGGACACGGGGGUUGUUAUCUCAUAUACUUUCAGCACUCAGAUUUGAUAAAAAAGAAGUUGGUCUUUUUACUCAGAGCCUUGGAUAUACAUCUGCAGAUUACUAUCCUCGUUUGCUCAAAAAUAUGGUUUUAUCAUUAGUGUCUGAACUCAGAGAGAAUCAUAUUAAUGGAUUUAACACUCAAAGGCGAAUGACUCCUGAACGAGUAAGAUCCCUAUCACGAGUUUGUGUCCCACUUAUUACUCUGCCGGAUUUUGAACCACUUGUGGAAGCCCUGCUCACCUACCAUGGAAAUGAACCUCAGGAAAUGCUCUGGCCCGAGUUCUUUGAUGCUGUGAAUGAGGCCUUUUUGCUGAAGAAGAUUUCUCUCCCUAAAUCAGCUAUAGUCUGCCUCUGGCUUCGACACCUUCCCAGCCUUGAAAAAGCAACGCUGCAUCUUUUCGAACAGCUAAUCUUCAGUGAGAGAAAUUUUCUGAGAAGGAUCGAAUGCUUUCUGAAAGAUUCAUUGCUGCCUGAAGCAGCCUGCCACCCUGCCAUAUUCAGAAUAGUCGAUGAAAUGUUCAGGUAUGCACUCCUGGAAACCAACGGAGCCCCAGGAGUACUAGCCAUCAUUCAAGUAUUUACAUGGUGCUUCGUAGAAGCUCUGAAAAAAGAAAACAACCAGCUGAAGUUUGCAGUCAAGACCUACUUUCCCUAUGCUUCUCCAUCUCUUGUGAUGGUGCUACUCCAACACCCAAAAGAUAUCCCACAGGGACUGUGGCACCAGCCACUGGAACAUAUUUCUGAAAUGCUCAGAGAAACGGUGGAAGACCAGACCCACGGGUCCUCCGGAGGCCCCUUUGAGAGCUGGUUUUUGUUCAUUCACUUUGGAGGAUGGGCUGAGAUGGUGGCUGAGCAGUUACUGAUGUCAGAAGCUGAACCCCCUGAGGCCUUGCUGUGGCUCUUGGCAUUCAGCUACAGCCCAUGUGACGGGAGUCAGCAGAGAACACAGACCAUGGCAGAGGUGAAAGCAGUGCUCAGCCACUUCAUGAAGCUGCUCAGAAGUCCAACCCUCUCGGCCGGGGAUCUGCAGGCAGCCGCUGAAGAGAGCCGAGGCAGAGACCCCAGGCCACCUGCGUGCAGAAGGCUGAUCAGGCAUCUCCUCCUGAACGUCCUCCUCUGGGCUCCUGGGGGACAUGCAGUUGCCCGGGAAGUCAUCAGCCUUAUGGCUCAGACUGAUGAGAUAACCCAUGAGAUUAUUGGCUUCCUGGACCAGACCUUAUACAGAUGGGAUCAUCUUUGCAUGGAAGCCCCGGCAUCAAGAAAACUGGCCAGAGAGCUCCUUACAGAGCUGCUCGCACGAGUCGAGCACAGGCCUGUUGACCGCGUGGCUGCCAUACAGCCUGGGCUUGCUGGGGCCACAGGCUGA